CAAUUAUCAAAUCAUAAUUCCGGUAAACACGAAAUUAAAAUGCCCCGCACAAUCGACCAAUCGCGUCUGGCUUCUUAUUUAAAUCACAACUAUCACAUCAGUCUGUCCGCUUUCCUUAAAAUGUCCUCGGAUGCGGCUAAGCCAGAAUUAGACGCACAAUGCACUACUGAGUGGAACUGUGAGGAGGGAAGUCACUUUCAACGAUCCCGCCGCAGAGUCCACAUAAACAGGGAAACUUCUCGCGAACUUCUACAAAAUUUUCGGCGAAAUAGAACCACAUUUACAACGCUCCAACUGCACGAGCUUGAGAAGGCCUUUGAAAUUAACCACUAUCCUGAUUUUUUCAACAGGGAGAAUUUGGCAGCCAAAAUCAGCCUACCGGAAUUAAGGAUUCAGCUUACUCGAAAGCAGUUUAAGCGUACUCAAGGUAACUUUAUUCCUUUAGCAAGGCGAAGGUGGAAGAUAUGUCCACAUUUCACGUAG